GCCGAGUUUACCACGAGUUCUCGUUGAGUAACGUAAUGAUAGUACAUACAGGGAGUCUAGCCGACUUGUGCGUGAUUAACGCCUUCUUUUGUUGAGAUUGCGUGCUUCCGUGUCUUCUGAAAGACGACAUCUGCCAUCUCAUCGUCCAGACGCCAUAUGCUGUAGAAAAAAAAAUGAGGGAGAAGUGCCUAGGUUGCUGCUACAGGGCUUCUCCCGAAGCGAAAGUAUUGAAAGAUCUAUGGGGGCUUGUGGGGCUAUGCUCGGCGACUUUUCAACCUGCGAUUCCAACGGCCAGGGAUCAGCGACGAAGCUGUCGAAUAACCUGUUUGGAGUGGGGAAGAAAUCGAUCUACACCAUCUGGAUUGAUAUCCCUGUUUCGACCACGAGCAAAGCUCCAGUUUUCCACCCCACGAUCACGUUCGUUUCGGCCCGCUGUAGGAAUGUGGCUGUGUAGGGAUAGUGGCUUGGCGCAUUCCAUCAAGGAUGGCUAUGUCCAGGCGACCCUAGCAUUGGUGCGAUUCGAAGAACAGAGACCGUGUUGUCUGCAAAAAAAAAAUGACGUAGUGAUUGUAGUAUUCGCAAGGGAUAGUGCUACAGAAAUCGUAUCGCGCGGCAACGCGGGGACGGCUGGCGGUGGCUCAGACAUGCCGUUGCGGACUAUCACAAACAAGCCGAGCGUCGCACAGAAGUAAUGGUAAUACAACAGGGUAGAACGAAAGGAAGGUUGCGUAACCAAGUGUCGAUGUCGUCAAACGAAGACUCGUAUUGGGGUAUCCACGCAUCGAAGAACCCAGAUCGAAAGCGAAUUGCUGGAAACCAGAUA